UAAUGAUGGUUUUACCCGGACUUAAUGUUUCAUCGCAACAUUGUGACAUCCAUGAUCACAAGGAAAUUAAUGUGUAUCAAGAUAAUAGGGAUAACCGACAAUUGAUUCAAUACAGGAGAACUUUAAUACCCGUUUUUAGACAAUAGUGGUUCCUGCUUGGCUGACUGAUUACUGAAGCAAUUUAAAAGUCUUCGACUAGUGGAUAACAUCUUGAACUCACAGAAAAGUAAUUGUUCCAUGCUAUUGUACGUUUUAAGAUAAUUGAUACAAGUGUUCGUUACAGAAACCAUCAAUUGGAUUACGUAUUGACGAACUAAACGAUUAAGUUAAGCUUGUCGUUGUUAUAUAACACAAGGCCCUUGAAUUAUGUCUUAAAUGCGACAAUUUUACGGCUUUGUUUUCUUGUUUUCGAAUAAACAUGAACACAUCGGAUGAUGAUAAAUUGAAAGAAUGGAAUAACGAGCUUUCAACAAAUUAUAUUGUAAAUGAUGUUUUUCUUGGGCUUUAUUUGAUUCUAGGAAUAUUUGGAAAUGUUGUUGUUAUCUUUAUUUAUAGCUUCCGUAUGAAAAAGAAAAAAGAUGAUCGAUAUUUCAUACCUUUUCUUGCAAUCAUGGAUCUAUUUGCAUGUGCCUCCAGAUCUUCAUUGGAAUUGGCAAUGAACUUAAACCCAGUGAACUUUCGUGGAAGUGAAAUGUGCAAAGCGUUAUGGUUUCCGACAAAUGUCUCAGCGGUAGCCUCUAUAUUUCUACUAUUAGUUAUAGCUGUGCAGAGGUAUCUCAAAAUAUGUCGCCCUUUUGGUCCUCAGAUGACAAUAUUUUGGAAACAAACAUUUCUCACAGUAACUGUUAUCAUUGCAGUUGGAUUUUCAAUACCGCUAAUAUUGUACAAUGAUGAAAUUGAAGUAAAAAAUUCUUCGAAUGAUGUAACGGGUUAUAUUUGUGAUGUUGACGUUGAGCGAUAUUAUGGAACAGGAUUUUUAACAUACACUAUAAUUUCAAUUAUAAGCUCGUUUGGCAUUAUGCUGGCACUUAUGAUUUGUAAUGCCUUUAUUGGUCGUAAAAUUUACAUUCAAACGAAGGCAAAGAAUGCAAGAAUCAACCAAAACCAAAUAAAUAGACAUAGAGUCAGUUCUACUUUGCCACUUGUACUAAUAAACAUAGCUCCAGAUAUUAGUGAAAAUGUGUCCGUUUCAGAGACUACAAGACUAAACAAUAACAACCUUACAAACUCAGAGACAGAUACUAAAUCCAUCCGAAAAAUGUCUUUUGCACAUCGUUACUCAUUUAUGUUUAUGGCCAUAGGUAUAGCAUUUAUAAUCUCGUAUGUUCCACGUCUCGUUGUGCUUACGGUAAGUUUGCGAGACCCUAAAUUCUUCGGAAAACUAUCUAAAGUUGAGUUAGCUUUUGUAGCUUUUACCAGGGAGAUGAAUGUUGUAAAUAACGUUGUCAAUCCAUUUAUUUAUGGAUUCUUUGAUAGAAGAUUCAGAAAAGAAACUAAAAAGCUGCUUUGUCACCAAUCACGAUACUGAGUGUCAAUUAUUCAUAUCAUGCUGUGAUGGUACUCGAACAGUGUGCAGUUUUCAUUUUUAUCACUUUUUUAAACAGGUUGGGAACAAUGUUCAAAUUGAGAUAUAUUGUCAAAUGGGUAGCUUUACCGGUAAUAGGAAAAGACAUAUUAUAAGAGUGAUCAUUUUUUCAAAUUAACUUGAGACAUCUUACGGAAAAGACCAUGUAAGUUUAUGAAUAUUACUAUAAACAUGCUAUGAACAUAUUAAUAAUUGAGAUUAUGAAUAUACAUCGCACAAAUACGUGAUUACGUGUUAAUAACAUUUUUUUUUUUUUUAUUUAUUAGAAAAUGAUAGGCAAACGAACUUGUACCGUCACUUCUACGUCUAGGUACUUCUACGUCUUGUUAUAAUUAGAGGUACCCGUUCACGUCGUUAUAGUGUGAUUUCGCGUGUAGUUAAGCAAAACUCACUUGUUUGUGUACGUGUGGAACCGGUGUCAGCUUUGAGACAUCAACCAGUCAGUUUCAUUGUCAAGUUUAUAAGCAGUAAAAAUACAAUAAAAAGAAUGUACUUCCCAAGAUUUCUUUUACUUUUCAUAAUCAUGUGCAAUUAUGAUCAACAAGUCUAAAACUCAUUUUGCAGCUAUAGUCCACAUUGAUUUUAUCUGAGAUUCAAUGUUUCUGCGCUGGGCAUAAUUUUUUACGCACAUAUUUCCCGCCCCCAGCUGAUAAACAUAUAAGCGGAAGAUACCAAAGGAAAAAUAAAAUACAGGUCGAUAGGAGACCAACAAAAUAUUGGCAAUAACCGAAAAAACCAACGAGAAGAAAAACAGCAGAACGUAAAACCUUCAUAAAAACUGGUUCUCAGAUGCUCUGAACAAAUUAUAUAAAUUUUGCGAACACAACAGAUCCAUAGGUUUAUUGCAUCUGAUACAUGCUUCAACUACUAUUAUAAUACAACAGGUAACAACAAAAAGUAGCUAAGUCAUCAAGAAGUAUUACAAUAGUCUACUGCAAAUUAUAAUACAGCAACACUUGUUUGCAUUUAGAUCUUAGUUUCUUUUGUUUUUCCUUUCCUUUUCUUUUUAUCAAGUAUUAUUAUCAUUAUAAAUAUUAUUAGCAUUAUUAUAAAUGAUGAUAUUUUUGUCGGACUUACCACUGUUAACAAACAAAACAACCCAAAAAUUUAGACAAGUUGACUAUAAUAGAAAUACAACUUUGUCUCUUCCUAAAAUGUAAAGUUUUAAUUUUCAUUUUUUUCCUGUUAUUUCACAAAGCUUUCUCACCAAAAAUCUUCGAAUCAAUUGACAUUUUACAAAAUGAGUAAGCAGAAAAUCUCAUUAUCCGUGUUUAUCUGUAUAAUGGAGGUAAAUAUUAAUUUUUCUGACAUGUUCCUGUAAAUGAAUUCCUUAACAAUCCAAUA